AUGGGUGGUCCCAGCAAGAUCACAGUUCAGAUGAUGUCUGGCGACAUCACGGAAGUGUCAGCUUCAACGCUAGCAGAUCUGCGCGAAGCUAUCGGGAGAAUGCUGCAAACCUGUCCUGAAUUUGUGCGGGUUCUUCAUGACGAAGCCUUGCUUGAAGAGUCGGUCGAUGUCAGCAGCCUGAGGGAGGUCACGGUCACUGCCCUUGUCACGCCCAGCGUGCCCAAUGUGCUGAAGGCGCUUCGCCAGUCUGGUUUCAGCUUUCGAGGCUUGAACGAGAAGUCAACAUCUGCCAGCAAGACCCGAGGACUCAAUGUACUUCAUGCAGCAGUGAUGACUGGCAAGCUCGACAUUGUGCAGUUUCUUCUCUUGGAAGAAGAUUUCGUUGGUGUGAAUGACCUUUGCUGCGACGGCAGUGGUUACACGGCUUUGCACUUGGCAGCAAGCCAUGGCUUGGUGGAUGCUUGCCGAGAACUCUUAGAUUGUCCACAAGUCACCCACCAAGACGAACACAGCGUGAAGGAUGGGACAGCUCUGCACAUUGCAGCUUCAGCUGGGCAUGCUGGUGUGGUGCAGUUGCUCCUUGACAGCGAGAGAUUUACGGUUGUCAACGCAGUGGUUGUGGCCGAUCAAUGGCCGCUUCUGAUCAACAUGGCCAGUGCAUGUGGUCCGCCGCAAGAAGCUGCAGAGUCUAAGCACAUCAUUACCCAGGAUUCUUGGCGUCUUGUCAAGAUUGAGCCCGAGGUUCAGGACAUCGCAGACCAUUUCGGCCUAGAUGAGCGCAUAACUGGGAAGCUACAGGAGGCACUGAAUACGCGGCCGGAUCCUGGAACAGAUCUGCAGGUCAUGUGGGAAAUCCUGGAUGAGGCCAGGAAUCCGCCUGGUCUCACAAUGAUCAAGGUCAAGGAGAUGCUUGAUGGCACGUUCCGUGCCGGUGAGCAGAAGGAUGCUGGAGUACAGUCCUUAGCCGAGAAGUUCAAGCUCGACGAGCGUGCGGCCUACAAGCUGAGCGAGGUGUUGUCUACGAAGCCGAAGAAGAAGGAUGUUCUCAAAGCCUUGGACAUUCACUUGGCAGCUUCAAACAAUCCAUCGGCCCUGGUCAUGCUGAAGCUUGCAGACCUGCGAAAAGACGUGCCUUUGGGCGAGGUCCCCUACGGCACUAAAGGGUACCGGGAUCGCCCUUACUUAGGAAAUUAUGACCGUGACGGUCGGCGAAUAGGACGUGCCGAAGAUCCUGCAGUGAAGGCGGCUCUUGAGUGA